UCUAAAUCGCUCUCACCAACAAAGCAUAUCCGACCAUGGCUGCUAACAUGUCUGUUGACAAGGUUGCCGAAGAUCUACUGACGUGUUCUAUUUGCUUGGAGCGUUACAGGAAUCCGAAGAUUUUACCGUGUCACCAUUCUUUCUGCCUGCCCUGUUUGGUAAAGUUGAAGGGACCUCGUGACGCGAUAAAAUGUCCUAACUGCAGACAAGAACAUUUCGUGAAUAACGUUCGCCAUGAUUUCCCACCAAGUAUGAUAAUCAAUUCCGUCAUGGACAUUUUUAAGCAACCGGAACAACCGCAAGGUGAUGGGACAUGCCAUGGUUGUCAAGAAAACCCAUCAACAAACACGUGUGUAGACUGUGCCAUGGAUUUCUGUACAACGUGCACCAAAGCUCACAGAACAGCGCCUGUUAGUCGACAACAUCGUAUUAUGACUGUUGAUGAUUUUAAAACGUCAAAUUUGCGAGACAAGUCGAUUGUUUUGCCCGCAGACCCAUGCACUUCCCACCAGGAUAAACUUAUUGAGCUUUACUGUGAGGAUUGCCAGACUUCAAUCUGUCUUUCAUGUCUGGGGUCAAAUCACAAAGGUCACCAAGUGAUAGAUUUGAAAGGAGCGGCAGAGGAAUUUUGUAAGAUGGCAACUGAGAACCUUAAAGUAGUGAAAACCAAACUCUCUGAGGAAAAACGACGAAUAAAAAUAGUCACAAAAAAAUUAGAGGAAUUAUCGAAACAACAGUUACAGCAAAAACGGCUGAUACAGAAACAUUCGCAGGAAACUAUUAGAAAAUUGACUAAAGUAAUUAAACAGGAAGAAAGCAGUCUCUUGGAUCAAUUGAAUACUGAUUAUAAAAAAUUGGAUUCAGUGAAAAAGGUACGUAUGCUUGAAUCAAAUAUGGAACAACUGACACUUUUAAUAACAUACAUGGAAAAAAUGUUGAGAGAUCGCAUAGCUACGCAGUUAAUGUCCUACAAGGAAGAGGCAGUCCGUCGUAUUGAAUAUGUGAUAUCACUUGAUCUUGGAUGGGAGUGUGACAAUAAUUCACUCCUAUCUUUUCACCCCAAUGACAUCAAACUGCAAGGAACUCUGGGAACGUUUCACAACACUGAGGUAGAAUCUGAGUCUCGUUCGGAUCAGCACUCCCAUGAUGCAUCACUUCGUGGAGCUUGUGCACCAAUGAAACUAGAGCGAACUGUUGACGCUGAGAGUGGAUCAAUGAAACUACAGCAGACCAUUGGUGGCAAAGGCACAAAACAGGGGAAGUUCUCUCUACCGCUUGGAUUGUGCGUCAAUGCACAUGGUGAUAUUGCGGUGGCAGAUCACGAUAAUGCAAGAGUACAGGUUAUAGAUGCCCGCAACGGCAGAUCGAAGUUACAGUUUAAACUUGCAGGGUUCAGUAAACCGGCCAGGCCAAUAGAUAUAUCAUCAUCAGUAGAUGGUAGAUACUUCAUUACAGAUGGGUCAUUUGAAAAUAAUGUGGGAAAUAAUCAGGUGAUUGUGUGUAAUGAAUAUGGAAAGGUUCUAAAAUGUUUUGGUAAGAAACAGUUACAGAAUCCGUGGGGAAUUGCUGUCAACCAUAGGACUGGUUGCGUACUUGUAGUUGAUCGGGAGGCGCAUUGCAUAAGAACUUAUCUGAUGACAAAUUACAGGUACAUUAGCUCGAUUUGUACGAGGGAUGAUAUGAUUUCAUGUCGGUUGGAAUAUCCCAUGUACCUUGCUAUUGAUAGUAGAGGGUGUUUAAUAGUCUCGGUUGAUGACCUGCAGAUUCAGAUUAUAACACCUGAUGGGAAGUUUGAAUUUAGGUCAUGUCCAAUUGAGGGCGUUGAUAGUGCCAAAGGAGUUGCCAUGGAUGCAGAUGAUAAUAUUUAUGUCUGUGAUGUUUGCGAGUCAAGGGUGCAGAUGUACGACAAACAUGGUGAGUUUAUCAGCACUGUAGCCAGUUUUGCCGAUGGGGUAUACCGCCCCAUGGGUGUAACUGUUGACGCUGAUGGUAAAGUUUUAGUAACAGAUGGUAUGCAUAGUGUUAAAGUGUUUUCAAGGUGAAAUUCACUGUUUCUAUUUUGAUUGCUGCCACAUGUUUUUAAUUGAUUCGUAAGAUUGAUCGGAUGGUUG